GUUUUAGCCGGAUGGUGUGCGAGAUGGCGCCUUCUCAAAGCCUGCGCUCGGUCGACACCAUCAUCCUUUCAAGUGUGGCUUUUAACUGGGCUGUCCACCAGUCUUCUCCAACAAAGACGGCGACUGUAAAAGCAACGCAAUCCUGACCUAGGCCGGGGACUGGUCUCUCCUUGCCUCGUCGAUUGAACAUUUGAUCAUGGAGGUAGCAACAGACGGAGCGCAAAUGGCGCACGGGAUGGACGACGAAUUCUCGCAGCUCUGGCAGCGCCAUCUCAAGGUGCUGAGAGGCGACUUUUCGAAGAAAAGCGUGCAGACGGUGCCCAGCAUGCCCUCAGAACCAUGGGAUCUCGAUGGCGAAGGCCGUGCAGAAAAGACCGCUCAUCCGAGGGACGGACAAUUAGAUUCGGUAGUCGAUGCCCUGGAUGAAUUGACUAGACAAAGCCCCAACACCAUCGACACCCACAGCCCCGGGACCCCGUGGUUUCCCGACCGUGACGGUCACACCGAGACGACGCUGUCCUCAGCUUCGAACUCCAGCUGGCCUAGGACCCUCAGCUCUCCCGGACGACCAAGCUUGCCUCAUCUCCGCAUCGACGAGUGCUCUGCACCGCCCUACCGGGAACCCAAAGGCAAGGGUACCGGAAUCCUGGGAGAGGAGAUAUGGCAGGACCCGCCGAUCCCUUUCAUCCUCCAGAGACAACUGCUCUCAGAAUCCUAUCCCGCGGCCCAUUACACCGCCACAAAUUUCGCCACAACAACAGCGGUACCCCAGAUAGCAACGGCAACCAGCCACGGCAACAACCAGAACCACACUCACCCGUCCCUACGCACGACGCAAAAACCGCCCCCGACCGAGGUACACGUCCUAAUCCUGACCUGGGCGACACAUAACCCAACUAUGGACCAUGUGACGAGACAAACAACACAGAACCACUGUGCUCAACACCCAAACACCGCGGGUACUGCGUCCAGUGCCGGUCUAUCCCGACCGACUAUCCCACUGCCGCCGUCGAGACAAUCUUGCAUCGCUUUCUGAAGAGAUCGGGCGCGGACG